AUGGCCAGCAUCAAGAAGGCCCGGGGAAUUCGGCAUGACCGUCAUUGUCAUCCAUGCAGAGCCGAGGGAAUUAAAUGCGACUUGAAUCGCCCUCGCUGUCACGCCUGUCAACAAACGGGAGCAACAUGCAGCUAUCCGCAACGGGUGGUCUGGAUGGGCGACAAGAAAGAUGGCCCAACGAAAAAGACAUCUCCAUCCCCCACACUAAGCACCGACCAAUAUUUAUCAGCAUCUAAUACAACACAGGAAAAAGUCAACGACACGCCAGUAAAUCUAUACGGCUUUAUAGACUUACUCUCGCAUUUUUACCAGGAAAUUGAAUCAAAGAAUAAAGAUCUACCAGAUGAAGCUGUUAAACUGAUUUCUCGUACCUUGAGCUUUGCGCACUCGCGCCUCCAGGGAUCAGACAACAAGCAAUCGAUCCAAACGCAUCUCGGCGCGUUAACAAAUCUGAGCAAAGUGAUCGACUCUGGACACCCCAUCGCAUUAUUUGGGAUCGCUACAUUCGCCAUAUUUGAAGUAUGUUGCGGCUCCUUCGGCCAAUGGCAUCGACACUUGCAAGGCGCGCGUUCGCUCUUGGAUCUCCAUUGUCGAAAUAAAACCGAACUUGAUACCCUAGUUUCCGAAAUUCCGGGACUAGCAGAUGUGCUGGCUUAUUUAGUCUGGUUUGACUUAACGGGCGCUCUAGUCGGAGACCGAGCAUUGAUCUUCGAUGCUUUGCAUCGCCAGGUCUUGAGUCCUGCUUUCUUCGAUUCGGUAGGAUGCCCAUCGGAUACUUUUGAUCUUUUAGUGGAUCUAGCCAGUCGCGAUAUCGGAAACAACAGUUUGGAUCUUAGUAGCAGAGCUAUGGAACAAAUAUUACAACUUGAUACGAGUGACUCGACAGAUCGUGGGCUUUCAGCUGCUGUAUACAGAUGCACGGGGGCGAUUGUGGCAUUUGAUCUUGCGGGGAUCCAAAAUGAAACGUUUUUGAAAACCUAUACUGCGGUGUUAUCAAAAAUGGUUGAUCGAGCAUGUGAUGGCAUAUCAAGAGUUGUUCCAUCCUCGCGGUUCUACGUGCAUCUAGCCUCACCAGCCUAUUUGACCGGGAUGCAUGCAACGAAAGCACAACAAUGUGACAGUCUACGAGAUUAUUGGCGUAACUGCCAACUGUGUGACUUCCCACGAUAUCCAGAUGCACAGGAUCAAUGUGAGCGGAGAUGGAGAGAUAAGAUGAUCGUUUAA